GUUCAACAUAUGGAAUCUGAUCCAACGCAAGAGCCUCGAGAACACCUUCUGUAUGACGUGCAAGUUCCGGACCGGCGCCAAGGUGCACCGAAUAAGCGACCGCACGGUGCUCCGACGGCGGCCGAAGCGGGAAAUAGUCAAGGAGACCGGAAGUGACGACGAAGGGUCGACAUCGUCGUCAGACCCCAGCACGGCGUGGGACGACUUUGACGACGUUGAAGACUUGGUGGAGCUAUAUAAGACUCUGACCGGCGCACAGCCAGGUGUGGCAGUGAGUAGCCUCAUCACGACCAGGCCCAAGUAUUCGCUCAACAGGCCGCUGUCAGGGGUGGACACCGACAUCAUUAUGAACAUAGCGGAGAAUGGAACCAGAACACAGAAGCUGUACCUGAAGAAGUGCGCCGACUUCCUGGUGGCGCCGUGCCGGAUGUUCGUUUCGUGCCUCCAACAUCCGGUCAUUGACGUCGGCCAUCAGAAUCUUGGACCCAAGGGGGCGGAGGCGUGCGCCGUAGCGUUAGCGAAGGCGUCUAGCGUGCGCGCGCUACACAUGGACGACAACUCUAUCGGAUCCAGGGGUGCCAAGUGCAUGGCCUUGAUGCUCAAGGAGAACCUAAACAUCACUGAGCUGAACCUCGCUGACAACAACAUUGGUUUCCAAGGCGCCCGCCAUCUUGUGAACAUUAUCAUGGAACUGGACAAAAUAACCAAACUGGAUCUCUCUAAUAACGGUUUCAAAGAACAAGACGCUAUACUAUUCAAGCAACUUUUGGAGGAGACGCGCAACUUGCAGUACCUGAACCUGAGCCACAACAACUUCCGGGAGCGCGGUGGGCAGCUCCUAGGCGAGGCGCUCAGCUUCAACGACGGCCUGGAGGAGCUGGACCUCAGCUGGAACCACCUGCGGAGGGACGGAGUGAUCGGCAUCGCAGAUGGGCUCAUGGACAACGCCUCCCUUAAGCGCCUCAACCUGGCCUGGAACGGAUUCCACGUGGAGGGCUGCCAGGCGCUGGAGCGGGUGCUGCCCUUCAACGUCACCCUGGAGAUGGUGGACCUCACAAGUAACCGCAUCAACAGGGAGUGUGUCGCCGCCCUCUGUAGGGGGCUGGCCAAGAACGCUACGCUCAAGACCAUUAUAUUGAAGCUCAACCCCCUCACACAAGAUGGCGUCCAUGAUUUUCUACAAUUUCUCGCAGACUGCGAAACAUCUGGUUUGAAUUUCGUCGACUUUGGGAUUCAGCAAGUCGAGCAUCGCUGCCUCGCGAGAAUAAACGAGAUUCAUCUUCAAGGGAGACAACUCGACGUCAUCCACGGUCACGUGGUAGGCACGCUUAAAACCAAUAGUCCGGAGCUGGAACGCAAUCUCAUCGAGGAGCACCCGGCGUUGGUGUUGAUCGAGUUCGGGCGACUGAUGGGCUUCCGGGUGACGGACCUGUUUAACUCCCUUGACAAGGACGGCAACCGAGUGCUCGACAGAGAGGAAAUACGAACAGGGCUGCGGCUGGCUAACAUCCCGUUCAGUGAUGAAGGUAUAGACACGCUGAUCAACAAGCUCGACAAGGACAAGAGCGGCCAGAUAGAGUACGACGAGUUGUUGAUGGCGAAUCAGGAGUACAAGAAGCACCACAAAGACAUGCUGUACGCGCAGAAAGGGGACGGUGCCACGCGCGUGGAGGACACGCCCCUCUGGAGAAUCAGGACACGCCUACAGAAACUCAUGGCAGAGAAAAUGUCAGACUUCGCGUCAUUUAAACGUAUCACUGAACAAAUUGCAAAGCACAUCCAGACGGUCAACGACGAAAUCGAAGCGAAACGCGAGAAAAUCAGCCGCGAGAGGGCGCUGCGACCCCGCAAGGUCAAAUCAAGGCCGGUAUCGUCACAGCCCGUUGACAACAUACGUCCGGCGCCAAAACCCACCACCGACAAGAGAGACGACGGCGAAGGAUCCGACGAGGAACUAAAAAUAGCCGCGAUGGAGUCUACGGAAAAUGUCGCUGUCGAUGAGGACCUAUCAGAGACGCCGCCAAUGCGUCAUUUGCCACCGCGUGCGCGUCAGAUGUCCAUUCAACUUCCGGUGCGUUUAGGCGCUUCCUCGCGAAAUACAAGCACAAGUGACGAGGGUCGCAAAAGCGGCGACAUGACCCGCUUGAAAGAGGACAUUUAACUGGCUAAUACGUACUAGAUGUGUGUGCGGUUUUCAUACAAGCAAUAGUAGUA